CACACGUUACUGUCAUGUGAGAUGAUGAAAGUCCUGGUGAGUCUGAGGGAGUGAAGGGAAGAAAGAGAAAGAGAGCGUCGUGCAGCUGCGGGGAACUUUGGUUGAAGUUUCAUCUGCUUCUGGGCUGCGAGGAGAAGACGAGAAGUCUAAGCUAAAGUGGGCUCCCUUUCUUCUUCCCCCCGCACAGCGACCCUGCGCUGUUAACUGGUGCGUUCGGAGACGAAAGGGCCCCGCCCACUUCUGCCUCGAGCUUGCUGGCUGCAGCUAUCAUGGAAGAAGUAGCUGAAGAUGACAUUGAUAUCCUGAAUCGUGAAAAAGCAGACACUCACCACAGACAAGAUGGACAAUUUCCUAUUCCAGUGUUUUCAGGAGAAGAAUCAGUUGCUUCACAUUUUGCCCUUGUCACUGCUUAUGAAGAUAUUAAAAAGCGUCUGAAAGAGACAGAAAGAGAAAAUUCUUUCUUAAAGAAAAAAGUGAGAAUGUUAGAAGAAAAGCUUCUUGAAUCCCAUUUGGAAGAAGUAACAAGUUCUGUGGGUCGUGAGCAAGUUAACAAAGCUUAUCAAGCAUAUCGGGAAUCUUGUAUAGAACGAGAUAAUCUGAAAAGUCAACUGGAUAAAACGAUGAAAGAGAACAUGGAAUAUGUGAAAACCUUGAAUGAGCAGUUGCAGUCUAAAGAAGUAGAACUCUUACAGCUAAGAACAGAAGUGGAAACUCAACAAGUGAUGAAGAGUUUCAAUUCUAACCCAUCUAACUGGGAAAUAGACAAACUGAACAAUGAGCUGAAGAUGCACAAUCUGGAACUGGAUUUGGAGAAAUUGAAGGAAGAAUGUAACCAUCUUAGGAAGGAAAGGCAAAAAUCUGUUGAAUCCCAAGGAAGUUUAAUAAAUGGAGAAUUUAUCCAACAGCAAAAUAUCGAUAGUGAACGCAUUCAGCAGGUAUACAGGGAACUGAAGAGGGAGAUGUCUAAUUUGCAUCUGGUGACUGAAGUGCAAGUUGAGAUGCUGAAGAAACUGAAAUUGAUUCCAUCUACAACUAAGAAAGUGCCAUCCUAUACCUCUGUUCAGUAUAUUGAAGAUCUUGAAAGGGAUGCUACCAACCUCCACUUAGGUGCUUCUGGAGCAAUAUGCAAAAAUAGAUUACUUCAAACAAGUGAAGAUGUUUUUGGUAAUCUUGCAUCAUCCUCACCAUGUACUAGUGAGAAAUUUAGCUCUGCAUGUGACACUCCAUUUCUGGAACAUAACUCCUAUGGAAAAAAUUCUCUGGAAGAUAAUUCUUGGGUAUUUCCAAGCCCUCCAAAACCUAGUGAAUCAGUAUUUUGGGAAAUGAAAAACAGAGUGACUCACUUAAAUUUUCCAGGAAACAACUUGGAUCAGUAUAACCAAAAUUGCUUGCAUAAGAGCUAAGAACAGUAGGAGGAACUUGAAAGUAGUCCUGGAUAAGGUCUUGUACUUGUUAGUAGAAAAUAAGUAAUGAGGCUGUAUAAUGAACUUUUAAGAUGGAUGAGAUUUUCCCCGUUAUCUAAACUUGAAAAACAGUGAGUCCAAAGGAAUAUGGUGAAUGAUCUGUUAUAUCCUCAAUUUUCUGAUUACACAUUGGCAGAUUUCUAAAGUAUUGAAUUGUGGAAUAAAAUAAGAGCAACAUGUGGUAUGAAUAAUACUGCUCCAAAGUAUGUUACAUUCAAAAAUGUUGACGAGCUAUGAGAAGGACUUAAUUUUUGGACAAGUUUUGAUUUAAGCUCAGGUAAUUUAAUAUAUUAAAUUCUGAGGCAGUCUCUGGCUUUUUAUUAAUGGAUGAUAUGCUGAAAAGGAGCAAAUGAAUUGUGUAAAAAUUACUUUCAUUCGUUUUUUUCAAUUUAUCAGCUUAUCAUUACCCCAUGGUAAAAAAAAUUGAAAUAGGGUAAAAUGGAAAAGUAUCUUAAUACUGCAGUAAAAUAUCGCAUCACUUCCCAAAUAACGUCAUGUAUUUAUUGCUUCCUUUUGGGGGGCAUUUCCUGUUCAAAAUGCUAUGAUUGUUUUGAGGUGAAAUAUCUAGGCUCCUUAAUACAGCUAGGAAGAACUAUAACAUUCCAAAUAAUGUAAUCUUUCUGUGAUUCCACAUUUCUGAUAUAUUCUAUACUGAAGAAGAUGCAUUUGAUCCAAAAUACUGCAUACAUGGGUAACCUGGUUGUUUAACAGCAUUGAAAUAAUUUUACAUCUUUUCUGUCUCAUUUUAUUAGCAGUAAAUUUUAAUUGAACUUCUAUACCCUCAAAUUAGUAGAGAUGCUUUUACCAGCCUAUAAAUGGGUAGAUUUCUAACAGUAGUUUUAUGUACCUGGUAUUUGAGAUGCAGAAAGAGUGGGGGGAAAGGUACAAACAUGUACAAUUCAUGUAUCCUGCCAUUUCCCAUUUGUUUCUGAAUGUGUACUUGAAACAUGAAUAGAGAAAAGUUAAAUCUAUAGUGGAAAAAAUAAUUGUAUGUUUCUGAAAGAUAAAAACAUCCCAUGUGGUUGUGCAGAUGAGCAGCACAACCAUAUCAGUGUUAUCUUCCCCUUCUUCCUGUGCAUUGCAUUUUGUAUAAUUCAGUACUGGUGCUUUCUUCCUUAUAUUACUAAAGAGAAUAUAAUCUGCGGAGGGAGGUGAAAGUGUGGAGUUUUUUUUCCUGUGUUAAUGAAUGGCACACAUAAUGUUCCUCAGAUUUUUAAAAAAUCUUGUCUUGUUCACAUAUCCUACCUUGUCUAUGAUUAAUGGAAAUCGUGUCAGAUGCAGGAAUUUAUUCUGACCAAUGAACAUAGCUGACUCAAGGGAGUACAAUUCUCCUGUAGACUAAUAGAACAAACCCCAAUAUGCAUAUAAUAAAUCUAAGCCACUGACUUCAGCUGAUAGAACCAACUACCUGUGUAAUAAAAAGAAGGAGCAGUAGCCAUUUCUGUGACUGCAUAGCUCUAAUGUUUCUCAGGACUGCUUUUUUGGAUUACAGAUUCUUGAAUAAGUUACCAUUAUUCAACAUGCCAAGCUGCUUCUUGUUUCUAACGAUGUAUUGAGGAUCCAGCCAUGUUUUUAAAAAACUUAUUUUUUUUAAACAAUCGUAUGCAAUUGAAACCUUCUUUUAUUUUAAAUGCUCUGAGCUAUAUAUUCACCUAUACUAAUUAAAAUCCUAAAUUUGAGCAAAUUCUGAUUCCAACCCAAUUCUGUAUCUGAGUGGAAAACAAAAUCUGGAGUAAGUUUCAUUGUUAUAAUUAGGAAUGUGUAAACUUCUUUCAAUUUAGGAAUGUAGCAUUCUCUUCCCCUCCCAAAUCAAGAUGUUCUUGAGAUAGAAAGGAUUUAAAUUGACCCUAACAUUUGAUUAUUUCAUUUAUAUAUCUAAAAUAAUAUAAUACAAUUUAAAACUUACAUUUUAAAUAGAUCAAAGUAGAAUACAUUAGAAAAGGAAAUAGGAAAAAAGCAAAUAAAACUCCAGUACUAAAUAUAAAAGAUUGGGUGAACCAUUUCUAAUCAUGCCUGUUGUGUUUUAUGAGUUGCUCUGAGAUACUGAAAUGACAUUUUAAUCUCUUAAAACUCCUUGAUAAAGAACACUUGAAAGCCUAUAGUAAUGUGGUUUUCUUAAAUGAAAUGUAAUGGCUAGAUGGCUAAUUUAUAGAAAAUAAACAGUUUUUUAAUCUGAGAAA